AUGGAAUAUGAGUUCCUAGACUUAUCAGAUGUGAAAGAGGCGGAGCUUAGCAGUUUGCAGUGUGCACUAUUUGAGAGGAAUCCUGACAGCACCGUGCCCACAUCUACUGCUUUAAGUUGGACAGAGCCUGUAACAGAUUUUUCAUCGUGUUCAUCAAGCACAGCGGGCCCACCGACCGUGUCGAGCAGCCUGGAUAGUCUGUCGGGCGGCGAGUGCGAGAUGGCGCCCCCCUCGCCGCCACGGGGCGCGGCCGGACCGCCGCCCCCCGCCCCGGCGCACGCCCCGCCGCCGCCCUACGUGCAGCCCCCUCCAACCUACCCUCCACCCCCGCAGUGGCCGGUCGCACCCCCCAACGUCUACGUCAGCCAGGUCACCGCCAAUGUCAACGUACACGGUUACAUGGGACAGUACUACCAGCCGCCCCAGCAUCAGUACGUGCCACCGCCGCCGCAAGUCGAAAGGCCGCCUCGCAACCACAGACGAGAGAGACGUGGCAAAAGAGCACCAUCGCCUCCGCCACAGCCGCCACCGUAUUACGUUCAAUACCCGCAGUACUAUCCAGCGGCGCAAGCGCAGGGUGCACCUUUGUACCAUCUACCGAUGUAUCAACCACUAGUCUACGGUCCGUAUGCUUAUCCACCGUACUAUCCUGAAUACCCCAUACCGGUUGAAGGCGAUGCUGGUGAAAAGGGCCCCGAUGAGUAUCAGCAAGAGGUUGUCAUGGAACAAGAAGCAGUGGAUGCAUAUUACGCUAGUGCACAUUACGCUGGCCCGCCAUAUGGACCUCCAGUAGAAGGGGGCGUCGAAUACAUGCCACCUAUGUAUUUACCGCCGCCUCCACAUCCGGGGCCGAUUCCAAUACCACAGCAACUACCCCAGCAGUCAACUCCCCAUCAAUUCAACGUGCAUGCGAAGAACUUUGUUCAAGGCCAAAACCAUACGAAAAACUACACACCUCCGGAUAAAACGGAAAAGAAUGCUGCAGCUACGGCAUCUGCGUCCGCGAGUGCCACUACAGGAUCGGUUGAAUCACUUCCUAUGAAAGAUCUCAAACUAAGCAGUAAGGGUCCAAGUAGUCCCAAACAAAAUGAACGCCCUGCAGACUCACAUCAACCAAAAACUCCUUCAAAUGAUAAGGUUUCACCAACACUAAAAACAGAUCCUACAAAACCUGCAUGGUCGCUCAAUGAAAAUAAAGCAGCAGAGGUCAAUAAUCAAACGCAAAACACCCCUAAGACUUUUCCACCUGCUUCAAAUGGUCAAACCACUAACAACAAAGCACCACCUGUCGUUGGAAAAACGCCCAAAGGACCCGCAGCGCCUUUUUCUGGUGGCAAACAACCACCAAAACAAUCAUUACCUCAGACAGCUGUGCCAGUUCAAUCUGUCUCUACAACUAAAGUUCCAUUUGGAAACAGACAAAAGCGAGAGGGAAUAAACCGUUCACCAUCUAAUGAUAACACUGAAGGUGACAAAAUAAAUACUGAACAGCACCCAAAACGCGAGCCACCUUUACCACCAAGUAAAGCGCCGAUGCCGAUUUCCAUCACCCUGCAUUCUCAAGGUCCACCACUUAUAGUCACUAAUAAGUCUCCAUUUGGACACUCUAGGAAAGUAGCCGCCAUUCCCGAACCACCACCGGUGCCCCAGCCCCCCUCCGCCUGCUCCGACCGCAUCAGAUUUCCCCCCACCCCCCCACACCACGGAACAGAGGUGAACCAACUCCAGCAGUUGUUCAACCUAAUCCCCCACCUGCCCCUGGUAAAUCGUGGGCAAGUCUGUUCUCUAACAAAAGUACAACUAUAA